AUGGGUAAGUCGUUGGGAGAAAAGAUUGCCAGGAAGGCGAAUAGGCCUGCUGUGGCCGAUGUGGAUAUCGAGAAUGCGGAAUUGGGCGUCUUUGAGCAUCGCGAGCACGGUGAGGAGAGUGACGGCAGUGGCGAUGGUGGUAGUGACGGUGAUGACAGUGACGAUGAUGAUGAGGCAAGGCGGCGUACAGAGCACUACGUGCCUGUCGGGAAGUCCAAAUUGAGAGAGGAAAUGAAGAAGGACGGGCUUGUUCAAGGCGGUCAGUACACUGGUGUCAAGAGCUCUAGGGAGACAUUGUACAACGAGAGUGGUGACAGUGGCGAAAGUGAGAGUGAGGAUGGCGAAAGUGACGAGGACUCCGAAAGUGGUGUUUCUCUAAGGACAGACUCUGAGGAAGAGCUGGGAAACGAUUCUGCUGACGAUGAUUCGAGUGCGGAAUUGGAGGAGAAAGAGGAUACGGCCGUGGCAAGACAGAAACUGGCCCAGUUGAUUCAAAGGGAAACACAGUCAUCGGUCAAUAGACUAUCCCAAACUGCCAAGAAGGAUUCCCUAAAGGGCCACGCGAUCUUGCAACAAAACAUAUUCUUCGACAAAAUCAUAGACUUGAGAAUUAACCUACAGAAGGCUCUUCACAACAGUAACAUUUUACCCCUGACCAAACAAUCUUGGAAGGACUCUCAAUCGUCAAAGACUAAGAAAUUGCUGAAAAAGAAUCAAAAGCUGAUGAACACUCUUUUAACCCAGUUUCUGGAUUUUAGAACCGAGUUUCAAGAGGGAGUUCACAUAUCACAAGAGGAUGCCCCUUCAAAGAAGAGGAAGCAUGACAGCGUGGAGAACCAAACAGAAUAUCUAAACAAAGAGUUGAAGGAUUAUAGAGACACAGUACUCCACAAAUGGUCACAAAAGAUUGACUCGACCUCCGGUAACAAAGUCUUGUCGUCAAACAAAUUCAAAGCCAUCAAUCAACCGGCAAAUGUGCAAGUGGAAAAUCAAUUAGGCGACAUUCCACGUCUGGUCAAACGUACUAGGUUGAAUAGAAGGAACGUCGUCCCCAUAAAUUUUGCCAGUGAUUGGGAAAAGGGCGAAUUGUCUUUAAUUGAUGCGACAAAUCAACCUGCUGCACAGCAGACCCAAGAGGAUGAGGAAGAAAACUUGGAUAUCCCUCAAAACUAUGAUCCAAGGAGAAAGGAUAACGUGUCCCUGGAUACCGUCGAGAAUCCAUAUAUUUUCGACGAUGAAGAUUUCUACCGUGUGUUAUUGAAUGACCUGAUAGAUAAGAAACUCUCGAGUAACGUCAAUUCAGAAGCCGCGAUUACUUUAAAGUCAAGCACGAAUAACAAAAUGAAGAAAAACAUCGACACGAAGGCCUCCAAGGGGAGGAAACUGAACUUUUCAAUCCAGGAUCCCAUCGUAAGCUAUGAGGCACCGGUCAACAACGGCUACAAGUGGUCGGAUGAACAGAUUGACGAAUUCUUUAAUGGGUUACUGGGUCAGAAAAUUAACUUCAACGAGGGUGACGAAGAAGGGAGUGGUACGGAAGAAAAAAACGAACAAAUUGACGAAUCCCUCAGAAAUGAUGACAUACAAAUCUUUGGUUAA